GCGUCCACUACGAAGUCCGGCCUGACCCUUAAAAUAAGCUCUGAAAGACCCGAGGGCUCUUCGUCACCGAGCCACAGCCUAAGAGCUCCAAGUCGCUUUGGAAACGCUUUUCCGUACAGCAACAUGGCGGCGCCCGUUGGCUCUUAGAAAAGGAGAACUUUUUUCCUUUGCCCCGAAAGGGGUGUCUUUUAUGACCACCACUUAGAUGGGUGCUGUUUUCCUGAUAAGCGUCUGGGAAGGCGGCGUGCAGGGUACUGACCAGGGAAGCGGUGAGGAAGAGAAUGUCUGUGGUACAUCAUAUGUCACCCGGGUGGUUACUGGAUCAUCUUUCUUUCAUUAACAAGAUAAACUAUCAACUUCACCAGCAUCGUGAGCCUAGCUGCAAUAAAAAUGAGCCCACUUCUUCUGUCCCCUUUGAUUCUCUUCAAAUGGAUUCUGUGUCUUCUUUUGGAGCCUCUGGUACAAUUAUUGCUUCUGACUCUACCACUAAGUCAGAGAAUGAUGAUGGAGGAAAUCAUGAAGUGUUCACACAAAAAUACGUUUUUCGAUCUGAACUAUUUGAUGUCACCAAGCCUUAUAUAACUCCAGCGGUUCACAAAGAAUGCCGACAAAGUAAUGAAAAGGAAGAUCUAAUGAAUGGUGUUAAAAAAGAAAUCUCCAUUUCUAUUUUUGGGAAGAAGCAUAAAAGAUGUAUUGUUUUCAAUCAAGGUGAAUUGGAUGCUAUGGAAUACCAUACAAAGGUAGGUGUAAGAUGUUUAUUGAUCUCGUUGGAAACUGUCCAGGCAGGUCUCAAAAGUGGUUUUCUUUUUGAAAAACGGGACAAGUGUAGUGAGCCCAUUACUUUACCACUUGAUACCUGCAAUUUGUCAGAAUUAUGUGAAAUGGUCAAGCAUUUGCCUUCUCUGAAUGUAAUGGAUCUUCAGACAUUGCAAUUGAUGGAAGAUGAUAUGUCUGUUACAGAGCAGGAUUUAUUUUCACGGGUUGUUGAAAACAACUCGAGAUUUACAAAAAUGAUCACUUUAAUGGGACAGAAAUACCUACUGCCACCAAAAAGCAGUUUUCUUUUGUCUGACAUUUCUUGUAUGCAGCCACUUCUGAACUGUGGGAAAACAUUUGAUGUAAUUGUGAUAGAUCCACCAUGGCAGAACAAAUCAGUUAAAAGAAGUAACAGGUACAGUUAUUUAUCACCACUGCAAAUAAAGCAAAUACCUGUCCCUGAAUUGGCUGCACCAAACUGCCUUGUUGUUACUUGGGUGACCAAUAGACAGAAACACCUACAUUUUGUAAAGGAAGAACUUUAUCCUUCUUGGUCUGUGGAGAUAGUUGCUGAAUGGCAUUGGGUAAAAAUCACUAGUUCAGGAGAGUUUGUGUUCCCAUUAGAUUCUCCACACAAAAAACCUUACGAAGGUCUUAUACUGGGGAGAGUUCAAGACAAAACUGCUUUACCAUUAAGGAAUGCAGAUGUAAAAGUGCUCCCCAUUCCAGACCACAAAUUAAUUGUCAGCGUGCCCUGUAUUCUUCACUCACAUAAGCCACCCCUUGCUGAGGUUCUAAAAGACUACAUCAAGCCAGAUGGGGAAUGUUUGGAAUUGUUUGCUCGAAAUUUACAGCCAGGUUGGACUAGUUGGGGCAAUGAAGUCCUCAAAUUUCAGCACGUGGAUUAUUUUCUUGCUCUGGAGUCUGGAAGCUGACUAUGGUCUUAAUUAAAGCAGUGGUUUCUUCAGUGUUUCUCACCCCUUCUUUCUUCAUUCUAACUCAUUUUUCCUUUUAUUAUCAGCCAGUAUGCUUAGAAAUGUAAAUAGGAGUUGGUUUUUCACUAAAGUGACCAGAGUGAUUAGCCUUCAUGUAAUUUUGAGAUGAACUUUACUUUGUACUAAUAUUCCAUGUUAUUCUAGACUCUCUACGAAUAAAAAGGUAAGCAGUUAGAAAGAUGGCAAGACUAUGCUAUUGAAACAGUUCAGGAAGCAUACAUGCACUGCGGACCAGAGAUCAUAAUCCUGCCUAUGGAUGUGAUUUGUUUGGCCCAGAUGGUGAUGUAAAAAAAAUUUUGAACCAUUAUUCUAAAACCUCUGGAAAUUUCACAUAAAAAUCCAGAUUUCUGCUUCUCUUUAAACAUCAGAAGCUCUGGCUACACUGAACCCUGUGUUCUUUCCUGACAUCAGUCUGCAGGACCUAAGUGGUAGUAGCUCGCUUGGGCAGGUCCAUGCUCAUUCCAGUUUACUGCAAUGCCACUUCCUCUGUGGUUCCUCUGUGGGCUCACUUAUACUUGUGUUACCUACUUGGCUCCUGUAUGACCUGAAUUUGCAACCUCUGGUAUACUGUUAUGUUCUAGAAAAAGUAUCCAGAAGACCUGCUAAGUACUGCAUUAGUAUAUUGAGUUUAUGCAACAUUUUUGGAGGGUUUUAAAUUGCAUUCAGUGUCACUUUUCAAGCAUUUCUUAAUUUUGCUUAUGUUUCUAUAAGAAAAUUAAAAGAUAUUUGUUAUAAAAAAUGUCAGAAAGUAAACAAUACUUGUGAUUGUGAAAUAAGUAUUUUAUAUUUACAGAUUUUCUACAAGUAAAUAUUUGUCUACUAAGUAAAAUAUUUUGAUCUAAAUAAUUCUUUGAAUAGCAUGCUGAUGUGUUAUAUAUUCCUUUCUUUUAAAUUGAGGAAUUUUCAGGUAAUAAAAUUCUCCGAUUUUCAUUGUAAAGUGAGAUUUGAAAACAUAUACAGUUGUCUGUCUACCACUAUAAUCUGAUAUAGAACAUUUUCUUCACCCCUCAAACUUCUCAUGUGUCCCUUUGCAGUCAGUCCCUUCCUCCCAUCCUUGGCCCCUGGCAGACAAUGAUUUGCUUUCUGUCAUUAGUUUUGCUUUUUUAGAAUUUCAUAUAAGUAAAAAUCAUACAAUGUGUAAUCUAUUGUAUCUGACUUCUUUCACUUGGCGUUUUGAGAAAAGCAUUUAUACUAUUUAUUGAUUAUCUACAAAUAUUUAUCUACUAGGUAAAAUGUUAGACUGAAAUGAUUCUUUGACAAGCUUGCCAACUUGUUUACUGAUUUUGUCAAAGAAAAAUAUGUUACUUUUGAUGUUUGUUCAUCCUUUGAGUGUGUGAGUAUAGUAUCAGCAACUUAAUUUUGUGUUUAUGGAGGUAUUCUAACUUGUUAUUUAAAAAGAAAAAGGUAUUAAACUUGAAACAAACUUCUCACAA